UCCUCCUCCUCCGCCACCGCUGCCACCACCUCGGGCCUCUUCCUAAUGCACAAGAAGUUGCCCAGCACCAGCACGAGGGAGGCGGUCAGCACCUCGGCCCCCGCCAGGAUAAACACGUACUGGUAGACGUGCGUCGCAUCCAAGAGCUUGCCUGCAGAGGAGGGACCAUGUUGGCUGGGCUGAAGUCGCCCCCAGUCACCAGCUGCCUGUGUACACUGUGCUGCUGGGGGACCCUGACCUGACCUGGACCCCCCCACCCCUGCAGGCAGCACAGAGCCAGAGGCUCAGAGGAGGUUUUGGAGCUGUGUGGGUGCAGGAGGCAGAGUCAGGGUGAGGUAGCCGGCCACGCUGCCUGUCACUGUGGAGGCCUCUUCACUGUGGCCCUCAUGGAAGCUGCCCAGGCCCCAGAAGGGCCCCAGGACCACGGAGCACAGCCCUGGCGCUCUCGGGGUCCCCUGGGUGGGAGCCCAUAGCAUCUGCUGGAGAGACGCUGGCCAGGCUGCCCCCCUGGCCCACACUGUUUAAAAUCCCACCCUGGGAUAUUCUCAGCCUUCACCAAGAAGAGCAAAAGCCCGACCCCCACCCUGGCUCUGAGCCAGCCCGUGUGCGGGGUAGCAGCACCCUCAGGAUUCUCGCAUGUGCCUGGGCCCCUUUCUGCGGGGGACUAAGCAGGUUCCUGGAGGCUCCUGACACCUGCUGACUGUGAGCUGGGCCCUCCCAAGGUGGGCCCCCCUCCCCAAGAAGGCUCGCUGCCUGCUGCCCUCCCCCUACUCACCUCCCGAUGGCGGCCCAAUGAGCACGGCGAUGGCCUCCAGCAGCAGCACAAGGCCGAUGGCACUCGAGAACUUCUGGGUGCCCACGAUCGCCAUGAGUACCUCAAACUGCAGGGCCCCCACCAUGCCGUAGGAGAUGCCGAAGAAGAUGCAGAAGACCACCAGGCCUCCGUAGUCGCUGGCUGUGGACCCAGUGAGGUCCGUGAAGCCAUUGAAGAACAUGGAGAAGCUGAAGAGGUAGACAGAGUAGGGCCGCACCUUUUUAAGGCCCGUGAUGAAGCCAGCAGUGGGCCGGGCGAAGAUGUCGAUGAAGCCCAGCACGGUGAGCAGGAAGGCAGCCUGCGUGUCGGGCACACCCAGGUCCUUGGCGUAGCUCACCACAAACACGGGAGGCACAAAGAGCCCCAGCACCAUGAUGGAGGCGGCCACUGCGUAGAUGAGGAAGCCACGGUCCCUGAAGACGCUCAGGUCCAGCAGCCGCCGGGACGGCCGCUGGGGCACGGGCCCCGACCCGGGCACCGGCGCCUCCAAGGGCCUCAUGAGCGCGGCGCACACGCAGCAGUUGAGCAGAAGGCCCCCCAAGAUGAGGAAGCCGCCCCGCCAGCCAUAGUGGUCCUGCAGCAGCUGCCCCAGUGGGGACAAGGCACACAGGAACACAGGGCUGCCCGCGGCCGCCAGCCCGUUGGCCACGGGGCGCCUCUUGUUAAAGUAGCGGUUGAGCAUGAUGAGUGACGGCUGGAAGUUGAGUGCCAAGCCCAAGCCUGCGGGAGGGGCGGGCGGGUGAGGCGUCGGCCAGCCCCCAGCCCCUCGUCCCUGUCCCGUUUUCUUCCCUAAACGGUUCUACGUGGGGGUCUCCAGGUGUCCCUAUGGGGGGCCCGGUGUGUGUCCAAAGCCCCUGUCAGAUGAGGAACAAGGGACAGACCGGCGCGAGGGACAGCCCACGGCCACCUGCUCCUCAGAGGCCCUGCCCGGGCACAUUGCCCCAGUACGCCUGAGGGGCCAGCCAUGGUCUGCCCCGCUCCCGGCUGGGCCCCACUCACCGGUGAUGACCCCUGUGGUGAGGUAGAGCUGGAUGAUGCUUCUGCAGAAGGACGCGGCCACCAUGCCCAGGGACGCCAAGAGGCCACCCAUGAGCAUGACAGGCCGGCAGCCAAAGCGGUUCACGCACACACUGCAGAGUGGGCCUAUGGGGAGGAGUGGGGGUCAGGGUACAGGGCAGGGCCAGCCUCUCCGCACUCACCCAGGGACCUGGCCCCCAGCCCAGCUCAGCAGACACACCAGGCGCUCAGGGUGCAAGUCACACUUAGAGGCCUGCCCGAGCACAGCAUGGUUCACAGUGGAAUGUCCUAGAUGCACGUGGCCUGUGCCCGGUUUGGCCCGAUGGGGAGCCACGGCCGCUCCAGGGCUGCACUCCAGGCCCCCCGGAACAGGGGCUGCAGGUACCCGAUGCUCCUGCCAGCCCCCCACCCCCAGGCCUUCCUGGAGCUCCUAACCAGAACCGCACUUGGUGACCUCCCGAGGUGACCACCGGACGUGACCACCCCUUACCUGUCCCAUACAACAUGGCCAGCAGGAUGGAAGAGAUCCAAGCCGUGUCACUGUAGCCGAUACCAAACUCACGCAUGAGUUCCUUGAAGAAGACGCUGACCGCCUUGGGGAAGGCGUAGGAGAAGCCCGUGAUGACGAAGCAGCCGAAGAGGACGGCCCAGCCCCAGCCGCCGUCAGGGGCCCUGAUGCCCGUGGGGCCCUCAUCGACCACGGCACCACCCAUGGCCAGGAGGGCGGGUCGUGCGUCCCUGAGGAAGGAAGUCAGGCUGACUCAAUAGUGUGGCCUUGGCCACCGCGGGGCCACAGCAGGGCCCCCACUGCCCCCCCACCUGAGAGCCCCGCCCCCGGCCCUCACCUGCGCCCCUCACCUGGGCCCGGGGUGGAGGGUCUGGGCGGACCAGCAGCUGCAGCCCUUCCUCCCUGCUUCCCGCUCAGGCCUGGCCUGCUCACACCCAGCUGGCUCUAAAGGGCAGUGGCUUUUUUGGGCUCAGCAAGGUCUCAGGUUACCUCCUGAGGAGGACAGACCCCAGUGGGGACGUCAGCCCAGCCCAGCCUCCUCCCCGCUGACCCCAUGUUGGGGAGCAGCCUGUACUUCCCACCCCCUGCGAGCAGGUCCUAUGACGGGGCCUGGGGUGGUGUCCCUCCAGACCUCAGCUUGACGUGUCCAGCCGUGCUCGCCCACCCCCAAGGAACAGGGCUCCCGUGGUCACACCGCACCCCGAGUGACAGCCUGAGGAUGGGGCGGGGGGGGUGGCGCUCUCCCAGGCUUGGCUGUGCGGGCUGGCAGGCUGGGAAGUGGACAGUCCGUGCCGCAGAGGAGGCCUCUGUGCCCUCUUGCCCCUCGCCGUGCCAGUGCUGGCUCCUCCCACCCACUUAUCCUCAGGCCGAGCUCCCACGAGAGCUGGGGGUGGUCUCUGCUGCUCAAGGAAGGGGAGACCCCGGGUGGGCAGGAGGGCUGAGUGAAGGGAUAGGUGGGCAGCGCCGCCGCUUCCAUGCCGCCCACUGGAGCAGCCCUCUCCGCCUCCGGGCUGCUAAGGCAGCCGUGCCCACUGUCGGCCCGAGACCCUACAGCGGCCCUGGGCCCACUUCCCUCCCAAACCCCCAACUUAGCCCUGUUGAGGCCCAGCAGCUUGGAAUGCUGGGACCGGAUGUCCAGCCCAAGACCUUCCCCUCCCGUCUUCGCCCCUCAACUCCUCAUCCUCACACAGAAGCCCCUCACCCCACAGAUCCAGCUGGUGGUCUGGUUCUCCCCACCUCAUGGGACAGAGGCUGUUCUCUGUGUGGGCGGGGAGGGGGGCAGCCCCUGGGCUGCUGCCAAGGAUCCCUUCUGAGAGAAACAAGCCCCCAUGGGGAGCGCUGGCCCACACUGAUGCCCAGGAGCGCCCCUGCCAGGUCCCUCACAGCCCCCGUGUCAGGCCUGCCUCCACCCUGUCCCCUUUCAGACACAGUCCUCCUCCUCGACCUUGACCUUGCGGAGCCCCUGGGUGGCGCGUUUGCGUAUGUCGGGCCGAGUCGGGGCGUAGCUGGAACCUGGACAGGACUUUGGAGCGAGCACAGGGUCAGCGUGGGGGGGAAUGACCCCCUCCCAGCAUCGAGGUUGCAUGCAGGGGAGUGAUUUUGAAGACUCUCCGGGUGAUCCCAAGCGGCUGCUGCUAAGGAGGAGCGCCGUCUGAGGCCGGGGUCCCCAGGAGCCUGCUGGCUGCCAGGCCGGUGAUGAGGCUGACACAGCCCAGUGGAGCAGCACACGGCACCAGCCCCCCUGCACCCCUGCCCCCGGGGAACCCAAGAGAGCGCCCCCCCCAAGGCUCCCUACCCCAUGCCCUUUGGCCCCCCCUGGCCCCCCUGGCAUCCCUGGAACCUGGGACAGGACUGUGCCGGGAUCGUCUGGCCUCACCCCUGGGUCCUCUCCUCCAGGUGCCCCCUCACACCAGCCACGUGCCCGAGGCUGGGACGGGACACUACAUGGGGCUGAAUCCCGCCCCCAAAACACACUAGGUGGGUACAGCAAGCCACGGUAUCCCUUCACCUCACUAGCGCCAAGCUUCAGAGGUCCCCAAGGUACACACAGCGGGGAAACUUAAUAAAAAACCCAGAAAGUACAUCUUAGGACUGUGUCAUGAUGCAGGGAUACUGUCUAAGGCAGAAAGCACAAACCCCAGACGCAGGGCGGAGGACGGUGGGGGGCCGUUGUCCCCAGUCCUGGCUUGUUUGUGGUUGUGGGCUUACAGGCAGUCAUUGAUUUUUAAAAAUACACCUAGUGAGCCGUGCAAAGGCCAAAGAGGGAAGUGUGCCUGAAACCCCAAAAUAGGAGCUGCUCAGCUCUUUAUAUGCAGGGUCACAGAACCACCCGCGGCCCCCCUCUGAGAUCUUGGCUGCCCCAGCCACACUUGCAGGGGAAUGCCAGCCCCCAUCUCCGCUGCCCACCAGGCCUUGGCCCGCCCUGGGGCUCCCGUGGUCUGUGUGGCUGCCACGGGAGGCACGGGGUGGGGGGCACAGUCCUCUCUCCGACCCACCCCUAGACUCCCCAGCGGCUCUUGAGACACCCCUCCCAGCUAGCCCCCAGCCUGGGGUGCCAGCCACACUAAAACAUGCCCCUCCCCGUCUGUGCCCCACACCAGCCAGUCCUCAAAGUGAGGUUUCUCAACAAGGGGGCAGGUGGGGCAUCUAGGUCUGCAGCAAAGGGAUUUUGCCCAGCCGUGCUCUGCCCACAUAGGGGGGCCGGGUAGAGAAGGGGUUGGGAUUUCCAAGAACAACAUGGCCUUGUCUGCCCAGCAUGCCUUGGGGGAGGAAGGCCAGCAGAGGCAUAGACUGGGGUGUUCCCAGGAGAGCCCUACGGCGCCCAUGACCCAGGACAGGGGGAGUGGCCCCCCUGGGUGCUGGUCAGGGACCCUCACCGCUGCGCGGGGGGACCUGGUGCCAGCACAUCUGUGGCGCACCCCCAGCCAGCUGGCCUUGUGAUGACAUUACCCUCCCGGGGAAGCAUGCAAACCACGUCCCCAGCCCAGAAAUAACCCGCCCUCUGGGCCUCAGAAAGCUGAUCUCCCUGGUGGGGUGUGUGUGUGCCCGCUCCUGGGUCAGGUGAGGCUCCGGGAGCUGCCCCCCCCAAUUUCCCAGAGGUCCCACCGCCCCAGGCAGCUGGUAACCGAGCAGAAGAAGGCCCAGGGAGGAACGUGCGAGGGGACCCCUCGGAAUGCCCCGUGCAGCAGGCCACACGCUGGAGGGCCCACUGUGCUCUCCCGAGUCAAGGGCUUGUGCCAGCUUCUCCCUCAGGGUCCACUGGACUGUGGACCCCGGCCC